GGGCAGUCUUUAGCUCCCGUUGUUCUCGAGGUGCAGACGGAGAAACUGUGGAGUGUUAUUCGUUUCCGUGUGGACUAAAACAAUACAAACAUUGUGAUCAGACGAGGACAUUUUUUUUUGUGACAGACGUAUUUCCAAGAUGGGACUCGGGUUGAAUUUUCUCAUUUUUUAUCUCGUGUGGCACACCGUGAAUGGAGACGUGAGCUAUUCCGUCCAGGAGGAAAUGAAGCGCGGAUCUGUUAUUGGAAAUAUUGCAAAGGAUCUCAACCUGGACUCAAGACGGCUGUCUGUCAGAAACGCCCGCGUGGAUGCAGCAGGGAAACGUAAACGUUUUUGCGACAUCAAUCCAAAUACUGGAGAUUUGAUUAUUGACGACAGGAUUGACCGGGAGGAGCUAUGCGGGGAAAAACUGUCGUGUGCUAUAAAACGCGAUCUUGUGCUGGAAAACCCCCUCGAACUUCACCCUUUUACUCUCCACAUUCAAGAUAUCAACGAUAACUCCCCACAAUUCAAAGAAGGGUCGUUCAAUAUUGAAAUUAGAGAAUCUGCAGACAGAGGAGCUCGUUUUGUGAUAGAGGAGGCUCACGAUGCGGAUGUAGGACAAAACUCGGUUCAGCAGUACAGCCUUCAAAAGAAUGACAAUUUUAUUUUAGCCUCUAAUGGAAACACCGUCGAGCUUGUUCUUGAUAAAGAGCUUGACCGAGAGAAACAAAAAGAGCUCAAUUUGCUCCUCUCGGCUUUAGAUGGAGGCUCUCCUCAGAGAUCAGGUACAGUAGUAAUUCACGUCACUGUACUGGAUGCUAAUGAUAACGCCCCAGUGUUCAGUCAGGCCGUUUAUAAAGCCAGUCUGCCUGAAAACUCUCCAGUAGAUACUAUAGUGGUCACAGUGAGUGCUACUGAUGCAGAUGAGGGAGUCAAUGGAGAUGUUACAUAUGAAUUUGGACAUGUAACUGAAGAUGUGAAGAAGCUUUUUAGUAUUGACCGUAAACUCGGUGAGAUUAGAGUAAUCGGUGCAGUUGACUAUGAAGCUGUUAUGACAUAUGAUUUGCGCGUAAGAGCAAGAGAUGGUUUAGGACUAUCUUCAUACACCAAGGUGACAAUUGAUGUUACGGAUGUGAAUGACAAUAUUCCUACAAUUUAUGUGAAAUCUCUGUCCAAUCCGGUUCCUGAGAACGUGUCACCUGGUACAGAGGUGGGCAUCAUUAACGUGCAGGAUGCAGAUUCUGAUAAUAAGCAACAGGUCCGCUGCUCCAUUCAGCAAAAUGUCCCUUUUAAGUUGGUUCCUUCAAUUAAAAACUAUUAUUCUCUGGUGAGCACAGGACAACUGGACCGUGAACUAGUGUCUGAUUACAACAUUACAAUCAGUGCCACUGACGAGGGCUCUCCACCUCUGUCGUCGUCUAAAACUGUUCAGUUAUCUGUAGCAGACAUCAACGACAACCCACCUGUGUUUGAGGAGCAGUCGUACAGCGCAUAUGUGAGUGAGAAUAACAAAGCUGGCUCCACUUUAUGUUCCGUUAGUGCUCGAGACCCCGACUGGAGACAGAACGGUACAGUGAUUUAUUCUCUGUUAGGCGGUGAGGUGAACGGUGCCCCGGUGUCCUCCUAUGUGUCAGUGAACGGAGACACGGGGGUGAUCCACGCUGUGAGGUCGUUUGAUUAUGAACAGUUCCGGAGCUUCAAAGUUCAGGUGAUGGCCAGAGACAACGGUUCUCCUCCUCUCAGCAGCAACGUGACCGUGAGUGUGUUCAUAUCAGAUGUGAAUGACAACUCUCCUCAGAUCCUGUACCCCGGGCCAGAGGGCAAGUCGUUCAUGACCGAGCUGGUCCCCAAAGCUGCACACGGAGGCUCUCUGGUGUCCAAAGUGAUAGCGGUGGACGCGGACUCUGGACAGAACGCCUGGCUGUCGUAUCAAAUAGUGAAAUCCACUGAUCCGGGACUUUUCACUAUUGGUGUCCACAGCGGAGAGAUCAGGACCCAGCGGGACAUUUCUGAAUCUGACAGCAUGAAACAGAACCUUGUAGUGUCAGUGAAAGAUAACGGGCAGCCCUCUCUGUCUGCCACCUGUUCCAUGUAUUUACUGAUUUCUGAUAACUUGGCUGAGGUGCCAGAACUGAAGGACAUUUCUUAUGAUGAGAAGAACUCCAAACUGACCUCUUAUCUGAUCAUCGCGCUGGUGUGUGUGUCGACGUUUUUUCUGACCUUCAUCAUCAUCAUCCUUGGUGUGAGGUUUUGUCGCAGGAGAAAGCCCAGACUGUUGUUUGACGGAGCAGUGGCCAUCCCCAGCGCGUAUCUCCCUCCUAAUUACGCAGAUGUUGACGGCACAGGAACUUUACGCAGCGCUUACAAUUAUGACGCCUACCUGACAACAGGGUCUCGAACCAGUGACUUUAAGUUUGUGUCAUCGUACAAUGACAACACACUGCCAGCUGACCAGACUCUGAGGAAAAGUCCAUCAGACUUUGCUGAAGUGUUUGGAGACUGUGACGACUCUCCUGAGGUAGGCACAUGCGCUAGUUAGAGUGUUAAACUUGAGCCCUGGAUUGAUAUUGCUUGAAUCACAAAUAUGUUUAUCACCCCAUCACCUUUGAUUUCAACUCUAAUGGGACUAUGUGGUCUUAUAACCCUAUACUCUUUGUUCAAACACCGAGGUUUUGGUUAUUUAUUUGGUUGUAUUCGGGAUGGCUUUAAUUGACCUUCAUUUCAGUCAUGUGUGAGUCAUUGUUUUUUUAGGCAUCAG